AUGCCUGAUGUUCAUUUGAGCUCCAGUUUUGCUGAGGGCAACACUAGCGAGCAAAACGAGAACGAUACGUUUCUCUCACGUAUAUUUGGUUUCCAUUCCAUCUACAAUCAGCUCGAUAAUUACCAGUAUUAUGACCCAGAAUCUCAAGUAGGCGACUCUAUGAUCCGCCGCGAUGGUGGUCUGAACCACUUAUUAGACCUGGAGUCCGAUUCAGACCUUUCCUCCAUAGAAAGCAGCUCUCUGCUGCAAGACCAACCACCGUCAAUUCAUGCCAAUGACAUACAAAUGCAACCAUACGAGCCUCCUACUCAGCCGUAUGGAGAGAUAGAUCCCCAACCACAAAAUGCUCCAAUUAUGACAGAAUCUGCUCCAAGCCACGGAAUCUUGAACAAUGGUGCAGUCUCGACAGAUGAAGCUCAGGUUCAGUUCAGAAAAACUAAAACACUUCCUUCGUUCCAUACCAUGUACCAGCGGCAGGCCCGUGGACGUGUGUUCAUUCCUUCUAGAGAAAGAGCGUUGUACUUGUGGGCCAAUAUUGUUAAUAUGGACGAAUUUCUCUCCGAUUUAUAUUACUACUACCGUGGUCGAGGCGUUAUGAACAUCGUUUUAGGGCGCAUCGUGGACUUGGCUACUCUUGUAUUUGUCAUUGGUUUCGCAUCCUUUCUAGCCUGGGGUGUAGACUACGACAAAUUUUUGUCUAGAGGACAAAAAAGCUUGACAUUGUCAGACCUCAUCAUUCCACAUUACAUUUCCAAAGCUCCGGCAAUGGCAAAGCUACUACUUUUUGGAUUUGCUAUUUACAUCACACUUCGCAUUGUGCAAUUAUACUUUGAUUUCCGCUAUAAACUAUCUGAAAUCCGCAAUUUUUACCGUCAAUUGCUCGAUAUCCCUCACGAUGAUGAGCUUAUGACGAUCUCAUGGGCUACAAUUGUUGAAAGGCUUAUGGAACUUAAAGAUUUCAAUACCCUCACCAGCCUGCUGCAUUAUGUGAACGACUUGAAAUCCAAAGUCAGACUCAACGCCCAUGAUAUUGCAAACAGAAUAAUGCGCAAGGAGAAUUAUAUCAUAGCGUUGAUCAACAAGGAUACGUUAAACUUGGGGUUUGAGAUUCCAUUGUUGUCUGUGCUAAAUCCAAUUCUUAAUACUCGGGCUGUAUUGACACGCACCUUGGAGUGGAAUUUAAAGCUCUGUAUUUACAACUUUGUCUUCAAUAACCAGGGCCAAGUCAACCCCAAUGUCCUUAAAGACUACAACAGAAAUAUGUUGGCAAAGGAGUUGAGCUCCCGGUUCAAAAUGGCAGCAAUCAUCAACCUUUUGUUGUGUCCAUUUAUUGUGGUAUAUUUCGUUUUGUUGUACUUUUUCCGAUACUUUAACGAAUACAAGACGAAUCCAUCGUCGUUGAUCGGUCUUCGCCAGUAUACUCCUUGGGCAGAAUGGAAGUUACGAGAGUUUAAUGAGCUACCUCAUUUUUUUGUCAAGCGACUUCAGCUCUCCAUAGGACCAGCCAAUACCUAUAUUAACCAGUUUCCUCGAGGAUUUUUGGUUGUUAAUAUCAUGACCCUCGUCAACUUUGUUGCUGGUGCAAUCACGGCUGUUCUCGUCGUGAUGGGAUUAUGGUUUGAAGACGAGGAACACAGUUUUUGGGCAUUCGAGCUCACAGAAAACAAAUCUGCAUUAUUUUACAUCAGUAUUUUCGGAACAAUAUGGGCAGUCACUGCUGGCUCGUUGGCUACCGAUACAUCGUCGACGGAAAGUGCCAAUUCCAGCUCACCGUUUUAUUAUGAUCCAGAAGCUAGUCUUCGCUAUGUGACCCAAUUCACACAUUACAUGCCGUCAACGUGGAGUAAAAAGCUACACACGGCCGAGGUUAAGGGCGAAUUUUGUGAAUUAUUCAGCCUAAAGAUCGUUGUCAUCAUUAACGAGUUGUUAAGUCUCGUGCUUACCCCAUUCAUUCUUUGGUUCAAAUUGCUGAGUCAAUCGGGUGCCAUUAUAGAUUUUGUACGAGAAUACUCCGUUUAUGUUGAUGGGCUAGGAUAUGUGUGCUACUUUGCCAUGUUCAACUUUGAAAAGAAGGAUAAGAACAUGAUGCACGAUCUCAACAAGAAGAAGAAAAAGUCUCCCUCCCACCGCACUAAGCGAGACGACAUUGAAGAGGAAGAAGAAAGUGACAAUGGGGUACCCAAUGGCGACGAUAAAAUGAUCAAAUCUUACAUGUAUUUCCUUGAAAGUUAUGACGAUCGAGAGCGUGCAGCUCGACCAACCCCAAAGCUGCGUCAACUUCCGCGCACCAGAUUACCGCCUGGAAGCAUAUCCGAAUCCACCUACAACGUCGACCAUAUACUAGAGGAAGAGGAACUACCACAGGGCAAGAGUGCUGGGGUUUUUGGGAUGAUCAACCAGUUCUACAAGCAAGACCUUGGAAGGUGA